ACUAGGUAUUCUGUCCUCCCUGCAAUGUCACUGGAUGGUAUUCUGCACUGUGACAUCCAGGUCGGCACAUACAUGGCCAAGUCUUUUGACCACUUUAUUGAGGCUCUUCUGGCCACUCAGGCUGGAAACAGGUGUACUCUGACAGCCACAAUGAACCCCUUCCCACAGCGAAACUCGGUUCUUGUGAUGGAUAAUGUGGCAAUUCACAAAUCUGAUCAGCUUGCACAAAUGUGUGAG